CCAUAGAGUUUUCUUUCUUGUUGCAUUUGCCAUUUUUUUUUCUCUCCAUGGAUUUGUGUAGCGCUGUUCAGUUCCUUGAAAACAAGACCAUUUUGGUCUCUGGUGCAACUGGAUUUUUAGCAAAGGUUUUCGUAGAGAAGGUACUGAGAAUUCAGCCUAAUAUCAAAAGGUUGUAUCUUCUCAUGAGAGCGGCUGAUGUCAACUCCGCACAUCAACGCCUUCACAAAGAGGUUCUAGGGAAGGAACUGUUUAGUGUUCUGAGAGGAAUUUUAGGUUCAAAUAUAGAUUCAUUUUUCCAUGAAAAGGUGAUUCCAGUUCCAGGUGAUAUUUCCUGCGAAAACUUGGGGAUACAAGAUAUCACUUUGAGAGCAGAAAUUUGGAAAAACACAAAUAUAGUGAUAAAUUGUGCUGCAACAACUAACUUUGAUGAAAGAUAUGAUGUUGCAUUCGCUAUCAAUACAAUGGGAGCUCUAAAUGUCUUAAACUUUGCAAAGUUAUGUCCAGCAGUAAAGAUGCUUCUCCAUGUUUCAACAGCUUAUGUGUGUGGUGAAGGAACUGGACACAUCAUGGAAGAACCAUUUUGCAUGGGUAAGAGUCUUAAUGGGACAACAGGAAUGGAUUGGCAUGGAGUGACUCGAGCUCAAGGUGCGAAUGUGGCAGUUUACAAUGUUGAGCACGAAGUCGCACCUAAUUGUCACUCACCGAAUGUUGAGUAGUUUAAAAAUGUGUUAGAGAUAAAUGGAGGAAAUUUUCCAAUUGAAAAGUUCUAAACUUGUAAUUUAACAAGUAUUUUGUCUCUGAAUUAUCAUUAUAAAUGAUAAAAGGACAU